AUGAAUUUAAAUAAUGCAGACAAAGAUUUAUUUUUUAAUCAACAUUGUAUUGAAUUAGCUAAAUUAUUACGUACAGAACGAACCGAAGAUUUUCUUCAUCUCUACGAUAGUUUACCAUCAGAAUGGAAUGGGUCUCGACUUGAAGAAGCAAAAGAAUAUAUUCGUCAAUUACAAGAACUCAAUGAAAACGAAUUUGAAUGUAUUUAUCAACGUAUAUUUCAUAACGAAGAAAAACAACAUUCUUCAACUAUUCUUAUGUCACAAUUACCAAUGAUUCAUAAUGAUGAUGAACAAAUAAAUAAUCGAAUAACAUCAAUAUCAAAUCGUCAACAAAGAACAACAACAACAACAACAACAACUAAUAAUCUUGUAUGUGAUGAAAAACAUGAUAUAUCAUCAAAAAAUUCUUCAUCUAUAAAACGAAAUAAUGAUGAAACAAAUACUAAAACGCGACGUCUUCAAUCAAUAACUAAUAAUAAUAAUAAUAAUAAUAAUAAUAAUAGUACACAUAUUAUGUUACAAAAUAAUUGUCGAACAACACGUACUCCUGUUGAUUCUUUUGUUCAAUUAAAUCUUAAACCAUCUAUUGAUAUUACAGUAGAAGAAUAUAAGAAGACAAGAGGUCCAAUGUCUACUACCAAAACUGGUAAUACCACUAAUCGACUUACUGUGUCUCAAUCAACUGAUACAAAUCAAUCGAGCAUAACACAACCUAAUGUACUUAAAAAUCAUAAAACAUCUAUAAAAAAUAAAUCUCAUGAAGAAUCAAAUUUUGAUUAUUUUUCAAAAAUGAAUAAUAAUAAUAAUAAUAAUGAUGAUGAUAAUGGUGAUAGACAACAUUCACGUUCAUCAUCAUCAUCAUCAUCACCAAAAGCAACAAUAACAAAUCGAUUUACAACAUCAUUAAAUAAUAAAAAUGAUUUAUCAAUUAAUCAAACAUUUUCACAAUCAAAAUCUUAUGAACAUAGUAAAUUAAUUCCUAAUAAUGAUUUUGAUUCUCAUGGUUCAUCAAUAGCAACAAAAUCAUCAUCAGAAAAUAGUGGAAGUACUCGAAAUGGUUCAGCUACAGAUAGUGAUGAUGAACAUAGAAAAAAUACAUUUCAAUCAACUAAAAAAUCUUCUAUACUAUCAAAACCUAAAUCAUUACAUAAUGAUGAUACACCAACAAUAGUGUUAAAUAAAAUCAGCAAUCAUCCAACUAGUCAACAUGAUCGUAUUUCAUCUUUACCUCAACAAGAUAGUUAUGAAUUAGUUCAAUUGAACGUUAAUGAUGAACAUGAUGUACGUGCUAGUCAAGUACCUCGUUUUAAACUACCUGCUAUUGAUGAUCCAAACGGCAUUAAUAAUUCAACUAAUGAUGUUUUUUCUUAUACGACCCAAAGGUCUCCACAAAAUAAUGUCUUAGCAUCUAGUCAUCAAAAUCGAAAUCCUGAACAUCAUGAGCAAUAUAAUACCAACCAUUCCAAUUCAUCACGUAAACCUUCGGGUCGAACAACUAAAAAACGAAAACAAUCAAAUCAACAAGAAAUAAUUCGUACAGAAUUAAUACCAGGUCAUCGUGGUGAUCUUGAUGUUGAUGAACUUGUUAUGUUUAUUGAUGGUAAUUCAGCAUCAAAACAAAAACAACGACAUAAUUCAGCUCCAUUACGUUCAACAGAUACAAAUAAAUUUAAAACAAUAUCAUCAUUACCUGAUACAAAUAGUAAUACUACUACUACUGCUACUAAUAUUAAUAAUAAUACAAUAACAUCUCGAAGAAAAUCUCGUAAACCAAUUAAAAUUAUACAAGAAUCAAUAAAUAAUAAUGAAAAUAAAACAUCACAAAUUGAUGAAGAUAUACAAUCGAUUGAGUUUAUUGAUGAUGAUGAUGAUUUAACAACAACACAUUCCAUCAAUAAUACAUAUAAUGAAGAAAAUAUAACGAAUAUUAGUCUUCCAAAUGAUGAUGAAUCUCAUUCAAAUACAAUCGAUAUUGAUACUACUAAUGAUUCUAAUACAACCAAUGGUGAAAUAUCAUUACCCGAAUGGUUAGAACCUAUACAUAGUAUAUCUUCAACAAAUGAUGAUAUUGAUUCAUUUUCAUUAUCAUCAUCAUCAACAACAACAACAAUAAAUAAUUUGAACAGUGAAAUUAUAUCUGAACCAUUUGUAACUGUAACACAUCGUCGUCGUUUAACAAAAGAACGUCGUCAAGAUAAUAAUUCAUUAUUAUCAAAAUCAUCUCGUUUACCAUUAUCUUCAAAUAUAAAUGAUAAACGUCGUUUUCAAUCAUCAACAUCAACACAAAAUGGUAUUAUACGUUCAACAAUACGUAAUAGUCUUUCAAAUAUAAAACCAUUUAUUUCUACAACAAAAGAAGAACAUACAAAUAGAAUUUCUUCAUCACCACCUCCAUCUUCACAAGCAAUAUCUCAAACAUCAGUGCAACCAACAUCAAUACCACCACCUCAAUCACAACCUCCACCACCGCCACCAACAUCAUCAUCAUCAUCCAUGUCAAAUCAUGUUAUUGAACAAUCAUCACCUCGUUUAUCAUCUCAUUCAUCUUCAUCAUCAUUACCAUCAUUACUUAAACGACAAUCAAAAGCUCCACCUGUAGUUUUUCUAAAUAAAUCUAUAGAUAUUGAAUUAAAUGAUGUUUCAUUUGGUUUUGAUGUUGAAAAUCCAAUAACUGAUAAACCUCUAACACCAACAUCAUCAUCUCUACCUAUUGAAAAAGAAAUUGAAACUGAAUCUAAUACAUUAUCAUCUCUACAAUUAAAUGAUUCAUCAAUAAAUUUAAAAUCAUCUUCUUCUCGACGUUCAUAUCAACAACAACAACAACAACGAAAUAAUCGUGGAUUAUUAUUCUAUUCUGGUUCUGAUAUACGUCCACAACAACAACAACAACAUCAUCAUAGAAAUUAUCCAUCACAAUCAUCUUAUAUUGAUCCAUUACUUUUAUUAUCAUAUAAUCAAUCACGUUUUGCUACUAAUUAUUCUCAACAAUUAGCUUAUAUGAAUUUAUUACGUACACAAUAUUUAUCAUCACCAUCUCCAUAUGUUCUUAUACCAACAACAUAUACAACAACAACAACAAAUGAUAUUGAACAAGAUAGUAAAAUUCAUGAUGAUGAUAAUGAUGGAAUAAAUCAAACAUCUGAACAAAUGCAAGAACCAUUACUUAUUUAUGCAACAAUUCCAACACAAACAGGACCAAUUUAUCUUCAAUCAACAAAAAAAUCUUAUUAUGAACUUGAACAAUUACAACAAUCAUCUAUGUCAACUAUGUAUCCAACACAAUAUUUUUAUCCAACACAAACACAACAUAUUCCAUCACAUCCAGCUUAUUUUCAACCAAUAACAUCACCAUCAUUAUUAAUUGAUACAAAAUCUCAACAAGAUGAUACUGAUAAUGAUGAUGAUGAUGAUGUUGUUGAUAAUAAUAAUAAUAAUAAUAAUGAUUAUGAUAAAUCAACAAGAUUAUUUCAUCAAACACAACAACAAUCAUCAUCUCAUAUUAUGUCUAAUGCAUUACAACUUGUUUAUAGUCAAGAAAAACGAAAUCUACAAACAGAUCGUUUUAAUCUUGAUCAAUUAACUGCUUAUUUAGCAAUGAAAUGGACAGAUACUAUAAAUCAUUAUGAACAAGGCGAUGAUGAGAUAUUGUUAAUGGGUGAACAAUAA